GGGGGCGUGAAGAUUUUGCGACAAACCAAUGGAGCACUUGGGAAAGGAGACUCUUACGUGCAGGAGCCUGAGGCAUCUCAGAAGAUGCUGCUGCCCCAGAUUGUGAGCACAGAGGAUCUCUAGUCCAAUCAUCCGUGCAGUAGUCUGAUCCUUGCACUGCAGGUUUGCAGUUGACCUGCAAAUGGUGAAUCCUCUGCUGAUGGAGUUUCAAGUCGAAAGCUCGCCAUUCAAUGUUGACUUACUGUGAAGAGUGUUAAGAAAAGGGAACUCAUCGUCAAGCCCAGGACUGUUCUGUGCGUGUGGUGAUUUGGCAUUCAUGUAAGCCCAGCGCGAUUUCUCACAGCAGAGAUUGCCUCUUGCGGUUGCGAGCCCCUCAGCAUUGUAUUGGAACACAUCCUUUAGACCUGUUUUGAGACACUCCAAGGUGGGGUUCAGACAGAGGGCCGGGGUGAGAAGUGCCACUAGUGUCAUGGACUGUGAAGGUCCCCUCGUGCAUGAGGAGGUUGAAUGGAAGGUCACUGAGGGACGUGGGGCAAAGCAUCCAAAGCAUGUGAGAAUGGCUGUCGUGAAGGCGGCUGCUGCAGGGAGGCAGCUGUGGAAUAAUCUCAGUGCAAUGGCAAAAGGGCCAUCUGGCGUGACCAAGGGCCAGCUUGGGAAGAGGGGCCACCAUGACACGGUGGCGCAGCGAGGGCCCUCAAUGUCUCAGGUGUCGCCGGUUCAUUCGGAGGAGGCCGUGUCCGGAAUCCCGCGCCUGCCAAGCGCUUUCCCCAAUGUCCACCCUAGCUUCUCGUCCCCUGCCUCCCCGCCAAAGACCUCCAGCAAACCCUCCGAAUCCCACAAGACCGGUUGCGCGGCAGCCCCGGUUUCUCCCAUCACGGGCAGGGGCAGGUCCGGGAUGAACGGAAGCAGCAUUGGAUCGCCGGCAUCCCCCAGCGCAAUCCCCCGCCCUGGGCGCGGCUCUACAUCGCAGAGAAGCUCAGGGUUCAUGUCUCCCGGGAAAGCGGAUUGUGCACUUCAGCAGGCGGGAACCGCAGAAGUGACGUCCCCAAUCAGAAACCGGGCGCUUAAGCAGUCGGAGCGGGGCUCCGUGGCUUCCCACGUGGACAGAAUUCGGGCUGCGAAGGUCCCCAGCGCCCUUCCCUCUUCACCGGUGCACCACCCCACCGGCAACACCACAACGGACCGGGCACCUCGGAGAGCGCCAACUAGCCCCGAGGGUCGCGGCAAGACUGCCACGUGGCGCGCGCCCGGGAGCCCCCCCUUCAUUGGAACAAAGACCAGCGACGGCGGCAGCAAGCACCUCCGCCGGAACGUCGCCGCAAAGUCAACGGGCGCGGCGAAGAGUGCCGGUCUGUUCGUCGAGAGCCCCUCCAAGCUGGCAAGAAGAGUGGCGGCGGGGUCAGGAGACGAGGCACCGGGCAGCGCAGCGCAGACGACGGAAGGUUCAGAGGGCGCAGGUGGGGGAGCAGGUGAAGCGCAAAUAAUGCGCGGGGUACAACUCGGGCAGCACCGCUGGGAAGCCAAUGUCCAGGACAACAUCACGGUCAGGGGCGUGAUCUACACCCACCCCUUCUGCGACACGCCGCAGGACGUGUCCGGUGACGUUGCGGACGCUGGCGCUGACGUCACCGCCGCCAACUCCGCCGCUUCGUCUUUGGAAAUGCUGACAGGGGUUCCCGGGCAGGGGCGGGAUGCCGCCAUGAUCCAGGUGCAUCUCGGGUUCGCUGACUACCGCAACGAGGCGACCGACGAAGCCAAGGAGUUUCCGGGCGAAAUCAGGGAUCUCCUCCAUCCCUUCUCCCUUCCCGAACCGAGCGACACUUUGAGCAGCGCAGCCAAGGGUGCGCUCGGCGACGCGGCCGGCACGUUGGGCGCCGCGGCCGGUAGCAUCCUAGACGACGCGGCCGCGGUUCCACCCGUGACAGCCGACGCGGCCGCAGUUCCGCCCGUCGCAGCCGACGCGGCCGCAGUUCCGCUCGUCGCAGCCGACGCGGCCGCAGUUCCGCUCAUCGCAGCCGAAGCGGCCGCGGUUCUGCCCGUUGAAGACAAGCCUGCAGCCGCGGCGGUUCCGCCCAGCGCAGCCAACGCGGCCGCAGUCCCGCCGGUCGCAGCCGACGCCGCCGCGAUUUCGCCCGUCGCGGCCGCCGACCGCGAUCCUGACCCGGCCGCCAGGCAAUUCCCUGAGAUGGCGGCCAAGGAGGCCGACGCGAGCAUCAAGGACGCCCGGAUGGAGGCGGAGUCGGGCGACCCCGGGGCGACGACGACGCUGUUUGAGGCGGGACAGGAUGUGGCUGAUUACGUGUCACAGGCCCUAGACGACCCGGAGGCGCUGGCCCGGACACUUCCCGCAGGCCAGAAAGCGCGCGACUCGUCGCCCAGCCGUGCGCGCGCCAAGGUGCGGGACGGCUUUAAGGGCGAGAGGAGCACGCUGCCCCCGAAAUUCGAGGCGCUCGGGUUGGAGGCAGACCAGGCAGUGGAGAAGAAGCACGGCUGGCAGGAGAGGGAGAGCCCGGCGGAGGCAACCGGACGAACGUCGGUGGCGCCAAAACGAAAGAUGGCGGUUGAGGAGCAAGCGGGGCACGGGCGUACGGGCGCUGGCAAGAUGGACGUCGGUGGGUUAGAAGCCCUGUUCUAUCAAAACCCGCUAUUCGGUGCGGGCGAAACGCUAGCGGACGACGAUCUCGGCGCGGCCGCCGAUGCGCGCGGCCCCGACGACGACGCGGCCGCCUACGCGCCCGCCACUACAGCCGGCCGCGAGACAGGCGCGGCCGCCCGCGCGUUCGGCGCGAUCGGGGCCCGGCGGGAGAGCAGGCCGCCCCCUAGGUUUGCUGGGCUGCUCAGCGGAGGCCCAGGGAAUGCUGAAGAUGGGGACGGGGGUUUACCGCUCGAGUGGAAGUGGAUCGGGGAGGAGGCGGGGCCGUUCAAAGCGGAGGCGAUGCGCGCGCAGGCGGCCAGAUUGGAAGCGGAGCUGGCGGCUGCCCAGGAAGCGCUGCAGACUGCCGAGCAGGAAAAUCAGGCCACCGUGGCCAAAGUCGUUGCUAUGGAAGAGCAGGCCAACCAGCUGCAGAAGCUGGUGGACAAACUAGGCGCGGCGGGCGUCGAGAAGGACGGUGCGAUUGGGAAGCUGGAGGAGUCGCUCACGCAGCUCGAGCGCGCGUACAUGGAGACCGCCGCGCAAUUGGCUGAGGACGCCGCGGACAAGCACCUACUUGCCUUUCUGGAGCAGAGCAAGCUACAAGAGGACACGGGCGAGGAGCUGCAAGCCGUGACGACCGCCCGGCACGCUGCCGAGAAAGCGGUGGAGCAGUUGACCGCCAAACUGGACGCCGCGAGGGCUCUGGAAGCGGAGCUCGCAGAGCUGCAGGGGAGCAAGAUCGUGCUGGAGAAGCAACUCCAGGCUCUGACCGCUGAGAGGGACGAGAACAGCCGGCUCUUCCACGCAGCUCAGCAGGCUUCCGCAGACCUCCGCACCACCGUCUCCAGCCUCCAGCAGGACCUGGACGACGCCACCGAGAAGCUGACCACCGCGGAGGAGGAGCGGACCGCCGUCGAGGCAAAGCUCCACGUCGUACUCCAAGAGAAGGACGAGGCGGCGCGCGCGGUGUCGGCGGCCCAGAGCGAGAUGCAAGCGCUCGCCGCCUCCAGCGCGGAGCUGCAGAAGAAGUUCAACAACUCGGAGAAGCAGCUGAAGGGGGUCAACGAGCGGCUGCUGCUGUCGAUACAGGAGAAGAUCCACCUCCAAGCGCAGGUCGCCCAGAUGGAAGAAGCACUGGGCGAGAUGAUCAAGGAGAAGGACGCAUUAAAAACCGAGCUCGAUGCGGAGAAGGGCAACGCGGCGGGCGCCGCAGCGCGCGUGUCUAAGCUGCAGGCCGCCCUGGCCGCUUCCGAGCAGCGCGUCACCGUCCUCCGGGCGGAGCACGCCACGUGGCAGGCGGAGAGUGCUCGCAUCCAAGCCGAACGGGACGGCGCCCUCUCGGCGGAAGCCACGUGGCGCGCCGAAGCGCAGCGCCUGGUUUCGGCGCUGGCUGCAGCCGAAAAGGAGAAGGCCGUCUUCCACGAGGCCAUCGAUGGCUAUGAGGAACGGCUGACGGAGGAGGGGCGGACCGCAGAGGCCGAGGCGGCGGCGGAACGGGAAGCGGAGCUGGAGCGCCAGAUGGAGCGGUUGCAGGCACAGGUCGCCGCACUCAAGCAGAACCUCGAGCAAGCCCGGGGACCGACGCCGGCCGCGUCCGCCAAGAAAGCCGUCGCAGAGCUCCAGGGCAAAACCGAGGCUCUGAAGCAGAAGCUCGCACGAGCUGAGAGAGAGAAGGGGGAGGCGUCGGAUGAGAUGUUCAAGACGAUGAGCGAGAAGUUGGCCACGCAGCGCACGCUGCAUCAGCAAGCGCUACAAGAGGAGGCGCGCAAGGUCGAGGAGCUGAGCACUAAUCUAGAAGGCGCGAAGCAUAAGGCGUACAAGGCGGAGCAGCAGCGGGAGGCGCUGGAGCAGAAGGUGGCGCAGCUGACGAACGCAAUUAAUGCAAGCGGCACCGCCAAGGAGCGCGUUGACAUCAACAACAGGAUCGCGGAGCUAGAGAAGGAGGCUGCCUUCUUCCGCAAGGAAGCGGAGCAAGCGACGGCGCAGCUCCGAUCCCUUUCCCGGAACACAGCUUGCUCGCCGCCCGAAAGUUCGUCCCUGCCCGGCCCCCCUCAAAAUGUCGAAACGCCGAAUUCCGUCUUGGGACCUGAAAAAGCUUUUGAAAGUUUGUCGCCAUCCCGUGCUGCUGCCAAGGCCUUCAAACGGCACGGUUAAGGAAUGUAGCGGAAGCAAGGUGACUGAGUUGUGGACGAAAGGAUGCUGUGGAGAGCGCGGACAUGUACUGGUCUUGAUUAAAGAUAUCCGUUGAUUGUAGCUUCGUUGUUUGCAGUGGCCCCGAUGGUAUACAUUCAGAGCUCUUCAAAAUGACAAGCGGAUGCAGGAUGCUAUGUCUUACUUGGUUCUGCUUCAGGAGGGUAGUUGUUGCACUGGUAAUCAGCAAGAUACGAUCAGGUUCUCUUCCAUAUUCUUUGAGCAUUGAAAGCAAGAGAUCAUUGUGACCUGGACUUCCGGCCUCAGCAUAGGAUUUGGAGAUCACACCAACAUAGAGUAAGAUCAGCAUGGCAUCAACUGCAGUGCUCAGUAGCUGACAGCUCCGAUUCCCAAUUCUUGCUAACGGCACUCUGUCCAACCAUAAUGCGAUGAGGUUUCUGCAAUUUACAGCGUUGUCCCA